AUGGAUAUAAUUGAUACAAAUCAAAUUGAAUGUAAUCGAAGUUUGGAUGAAAUUCGAAAAAGAUAUGGAAAAGCUAAAAGAACAACAAGAAAAUAUGGAUUGAUUCGAAGUUUGUUUUAUUGGUUUCUUGAUUGGUGGAUGAUAUUUAUGAUUUAUUUGGGAUUGAAAAAGAAACCGGUGAAAAAACGAGCAAAAAGGAAGAAGAAACCAAUUAGUAGUGAUUUGAAAUCAAUAACAACUAAAAGUCAAACUGAUAUUGCGACUAUUAGUCCGUAUUUUGAUUUGAGUAAAAAAUAA